ACUCUCAAGCUUAAUAGUAAUUACUUAUUACUUCAAGAUGGCGAUAUAUUUAAUUUUCUUGUUUGUUAUUGCUGUAUUAUAUUUCUCGUAUUAUCUCUUGUUAAAAAAUCAAAACUAUUGGAAGAUUCGCAAUGUUCCCUACGCGAGGCCAUUGCCGCUCUUCGGCAACUAUAAAGAGUCUCUUCUUUUGAAAAAACACAUCACCUUAGUGAUGCGAGACAUGUGUCAACAGUUCCCCAACGAGCCAUACUUCGGAUCCUUCUAUGGUACGACCCCAGCACUUGUUGUUCAGGAUCCUAAUUUGUUAAAACUCAUAAUGUCAAAGGAAUUUUACUUCUGCAAUGGACGAGAAGCAUCAGACUAUUACGGCAGAGAAACGAUUGCAAAAAAUCUAUUUCUGGCCCACGGCGACGAAUGGAAAGUGUUACGCGCAAAUUUAACACCGCUAUUUUCCUCGGUGAAAUUGAAGAACAUGUUCUAUUUGAUAAAGAAUUCUUCAGAUGCGAUGGAGGAAUUACUCGCUGAAGAAGUAAAAAUGAAUCCGUCCAUUGACAUUAAAUGUUUGCUGUCCCGAUACACGAUUGACUGCAUCACGGCUUGCGCUUUCGGGAUAAACUCUGAUACUAUGAAUAAAAACGCACACAAGAACCCGUUCAAAAUAAUGGGAGAAAAAAUAUUCGAUACCUCAGAUUACCAGGCCUUGAAAAAUAUCUGUCGUUCGAUGUGGCCGGCUACUUUUUAUGCGUUAGGAUACAAAGUUUUCAAGAAAGAUAUCUGCAGCUUUUUCAUCGAUCUCAUGUCAGAGGUGUUCAAAAAACGCGAGGAAACUAAAAUGUCGAAGAACGACUUCGUCGAUCUCAUUAUGGCUUGGAAGCGGAAUAAUCACAUUUCAGGAGACAGCAUGAGUAACUUGAAAACUGGGGACAAAAAGAAAAUCGACAUCGACGUUAGUAAUGAUUUGCUCAUAGCGCAGUGCGUUCUGUUUUUCGCGGCCGGAUUUGAAACUACAUCGACUACAACAAGUUUUCUUCUGUACGAAUUAGCGAAAGACAAGAUUGCUCAAGAAAAAUUGAUAGCAGAGGUCGACGAAUACUUUGCUAAACACGAUGCCGUUGAAUACGAGUGCACUAACAUGAUGCCAUACACCGAAGCGUGUUUAGAAGAAAGUCUUCGCCUACAUCCCGUCCUAGGUUUCCUAACCCGAGAAGUGAUGGACGACUAUACUCUACCAACUGGGUACCAUUGCAAGAAAGGGGAUCGGAUUCACAUACCUCUGUAUCACAUUCACCAUAGUCCAGACCAUUUCCCAGAGCCAGAAGCUUUUCGUCCGGAACGAUUCUUAGGAGAUGAGAAGAAAAAUAUCAAGCCAUUUACAUAUAUGCCGUUUGGCGAAGGGCCUAGGACAUGCAUAGGUAUGCGGUUUGCUAAGAUGCCCAUGUAUGCAGGGCUCCUGAAAAUUUUCAAGAAUUAUAGAGUUGAGCUUGCAGACAAUAUGCCACAUAAAAUAACUAUGGACCCAAAGGCUACUGUCACUCAACACAUCGGCGGCAUCCAUUUAAAAUUCAUACCAAGGGAAGCUUAACACUUUAUUCUGAACAAGAACUAAUGUAGGAUUAACUUUAGAUAAGCAAGUAGCAAGAGUGCAAAAGAAUGUUGAAAGGGCAGAAAACUUUUAAUACAAGUCACUGUACAAUUUAUAUCAGUGACUUUGGUUGGAAAAAAUAAUCAAAUAGGAUCACAUUCACUAGCAUCACACAUUUAUUAGAUUCUAUGAAAGUAAUAAUUAGUUAUUAUAAUUCUUUAAUUAGUACUGUAUAACACCAGCCCAUGAUGAUCAAUCCUGUACCGCAUGUAAGGAUGCAAGCAAUCAAAAAAAAAUCAAAAUAUGGUUAUUGGUGUGUACAUACCUAUGUACGCGGCAGGCAGCACUGCCGACUUGAAGGUCAGUGACUGGUGUUAUGCUAUACUUAUCUUUUUUUUCCUUUGUCUAUAGGAGAUUAGUCUCUGGACCAUAAUCAGAUAAAAUGACUGCUUAGUAUACUUAACUUGUGAAUUUUCAUUUGAGUUUAGAUAUUGAAUAAUAGGGAUGAUGACAAUUUGAAAUUGUAAAUAAAUUAGGAGUACCACAGAUCCGCUGAUCAUUAGGUUUGUAUGGGCGUUCAAACAAAACAAAUAAAAAAUGUCUUUGUCACUUACUUGUGCAUUUAUGUUUAUAGUUCAUAUAUUGAAUAAUGUCACAUUUAAUGUAAGGAAGUUAAAAAAUUAUUAAUUUUCAUCUAAUUACAAUAAAAGAAAAGAACACAUAUUCAACCUGCUUACUGAAUAACCCAUUCUUACACCAUAUUAGUGAGACUACUUAUCACAAGAAA